AUGCUGACAAUUGUGAUUCUUUGCAGACGAAACUGUGGCCUUUCAAACUGUAUCUCCGUCUACAUGUUGGGCAUGGCAGUAGCAGAUUUACUGAUCAUGAUCAACUAUGUGCUGUUGUACCAUAUUAUCAGUUAUAACUUCCCCCUUUCGUUCCUGGCAUACACUUCGAUAUGUAAGUUACUGCUGUAUUUAGCGCCUGUCACCAUCGAUUUGUCCGUUUGGUUCACUGUUUCCUUCACAUUUGACAGAUGUGUAAUGAUCUGCUGCCAAAAGAUUCAGGCAAGGUAUUGCAUCAAGAGAACCGCGGUUUUGGUUAUAACAAGCCUCUUUGUCAUGAUUAUGGUAAAGAACAUUCCCACCCUAUUUGCAUAUGAACAUCAGCGAGUAAUUAACAAGGUGCAGUGGGGAUGUCAGACACGUGUAGCAUUUUUCUCUUCGCCUCCAGGGGCUGCAUUUGCCUGGUUUCACACUGCCUGGGUCGUCUGGCUUCCCUUUACAUUAAUCGCCUUGUUUAAUUCUAUGACAAUCAAACAUGUACUGAUCGGCAGCAGAGCCCGGAGCAGUCUGCGAGGUUCCCGCGGUGAGAACCAUCGAGAUCCGGAGAUGGAGAACCGGAAGAAAUCCAUUGUUUUACUGUUCGCUGUAUCGGGCUGUUUCUUACUGCUGUGGCUGACAGCGUUCGUUAGUUUUGCAUCAACUGGACUCAUAAACAGCACCUACUACAGGGGGGAUCGAACCUCCCCUGGGUACAUUGCCACGGAGACCGGAACAAUGCUUAAAUUUUUGAGCUCCUGCCCAAACACUUUUAUAUAUGCUGCCACACAGAGGAAGUUCAGAGAGGAGCUGAAGAAAGUGCUGAAAUCUCCGUGUUUACUGAUUUUAAGAAUCUUUCAAAACCGUAAAAAUGCAAAGUAG